GAGAAACGGCCGCAGCCGCAGCAGCCUCGGAGCUCUGAGGAGCUGGAGGAUUUGCACAAGCUGCUGCACUUCCCCGAGGAGGUGGCUCUCCGUUUGACAGAGAGCGAGUAUCAGUUGUUCUAUCAGGUGCAGCCGUGCGAGUAUCUGAGGCACGUGGCUCAAGAUUUAACAUCACACCCUAAAUCAACUAAAAAACCGCCACCGUCGCCGACAGCGCAUCAGCAACAUCAGUCGAGGGAGUCACCCAGCACUGUCAACAGCUCAACCCAGACAGAUGAGGAGGCACUGUGGCUGGGUGGCGCGACCUCCGCCCUCUCUGUGCAGAUCCUCAUCAAUCGAUUUAAUGAGGUGAGCUCAUGGGUAACCCACACAAUAACAAGUGGCUCGACAAUCGAGGAGCGGCAGGCAUUUCUCUCGUGCCUAUUGCGAGUCGCCCAGACCUGCUGGAACACCGGCAACUUCAACUCGGCGAUGGAGAUAAUCGCCGGCCUCAAAUCGAAUAAAUUGAAGCCGUUCUGGCAGAGCAUAAAUGAACCACUCCCAGUCCUGGAGUAUCUCUCAUCGGCCCUUCUGUCUUCCGAAUAUGAACGAGCGCUGUCUCGUGCCCUGGCAAUGCCGGAGUGCCCGGUUGUGCCGUUCUUCGGGGCCUUUCUCCGCGAGUUACGCGAGGUCAUUGCCUCAGUUGCCAAGCAACCAGCCGAGAGCAAAGACAGAGAGACUCAGCGAACUAGCAGUAAGGAGGGCCCACCCCUCGAACACGUGCCUUCGCCCUCGCCAGGUGCGAGAACCGCUGUUGAGAGUAAUGCCGAUGCUCCAUCCGGAUGGAGCUCAUCAGGGGGCGCAAGCAGCGGCGGUGGCGGUACCAGUAAAGGUGUAAAUUUUGAGUGUCCACAUGACACCAAUGCUGUGCUUGACAAAGUUGCCCUCUUCCAUCAGCAUCGUCACGCUCGUGGAAGAGAUGCUACGACUGGCUCGCUCCAUCGUACACUCAGUGUACACACAACAGCUAUACUCGAGCAGAAUUACAUGACUGAGGAGUGCGAUGAGAACGACUAUCAUCUUGACCUUGAUUCGUACAAGCCGGUUCAACCCCUUGCCGCUGAUCACGGUGUUGCAUUGUUUCCCGUUGCUGCGCCCAAUAAUGGAAUGGAUCUUCAUCUUUUACAAGUGCUUCAUCACGGUACAACUCUGGUACACUGGGACUGCGAGGGAGCAGGUGGCUCUCGUACAUCUCUAGUUUAUGCUCGUGUUGAUCGCGCCUGUGGUACAUUUGUCUGGGAGAAACCAGCUUGGAGCCCUCUAAAAACAGCGGGCUUUGGGUCAAUAUCAAAUGAAUUUACACUGACAGUUAACCCUGAGGAGAGUGUGCCCUCGGGACUCGUGACGCGUUACACGUCACCACAGGCUGACUGUGCAUCAGUCAGCUUGGAGGAGGGCUAUCUCGACCUGAGUUCCGUCAAAGAAGUUACAAUCGGCUGUUGCGACAAGGAUAGGGAGAUUGAACUGCGCGGUAUCUGCAAGAGAUAUGGCCUUCCAGGGUCAGACUCGUGUAUUGGGCUCAUGUAUGGCUCCAAUCUCUCCGAUAAUCGUCUUAUUUUUCUUCUUGGACCACCAACACUGAGCAAAAUAUGGUACAUGGGACUGUGCUGGAUACUCCGUGGGCUCAAACGCCAGAACCAGUUGACGGACAGAAGGUCGAGAUGGCUGAAAGAGAAGUAUCUUCAACUUUAUUUUGAGGAGGGUUGCCUCGAGCCUACUACAGCCGAUGCCAUUAGGGUAUUUGGCGGACGUGACUGGUCUAUGACUGAGAGUAUUGGUACACUCUCGCCGACCAGUAGUGCUACACUACGACGACGUAAUCCGAAGGCUGGGAAAAAAACUAAAUCCAUUGGGAAUAUUCAUGCACUUACGAAGGAACUGAGUUUCAAGCAAUACGAUUCAGCAGCCUCCGAGGGUGGUUUAACAGCGGCACCACUGCGUCAUUUAACAGGUAGUCGUGAGUCUUUAACGAGAAUAAUACCCGCCUCACCCCGGUCGAGUCGUGAUCGAGUGCCACCGCGCAGUCCACCGGGCACUGGUGAGCGGAUUGUCUCAUCAAGCUUACCGUACUCCAGUUUACAGAGUUUACUGUGUGUAACUCGGGAUAAGGAUAGAAAUGGCUCAAGCGUAACCCCGGCAACGGGUGAGACACCGUGGCAAGUGAAAGCCCGGGCCACUUCAAUCAUGUACGAGACCCAGUUGAAUUUCGUUGAAUUCGUUGCUCUCUUUCGGUCAUUCAGUCUUCGUGCACGUAAAGACCUACGUGAUCUCUUUGGACAGCUUGCAAUCACAUGCCGGAGCCAGAGUGAUGGCUCACUCCGUGACUUCAGUAUGAGACCCUCUGUGCUGAGGCAAACCAGCGAUGCUACACCACAACGAAUUGGUUUACUCACCCGAAAUAAUUCCAUAGAUUCUCACGAGUACAAAACAAGUGGCAACCUCCACAAAAAACAAAUAUUUGAUGCUAUUGCAGCAGCAAGUAUCGUUAACAACUGUUCAGGAGUUGACACAUCCAAGUCACAAGUGAUAACUCUCGCGACAUUUACAAAAUUUCUCGAAUCACGACAGCAGGAAAAAUUAACUGAAGACCAGAUUAAGGCCCUCAUCAAGAGACACGAACCCGAUCCGGCGCUGCGGGUCCAGUGGUGCUUGUCGUUUGAGGGCUUUGCACGUUACAUGAUGGACAAAGACAACUACGCAUUUCCAAAUGAAUACGCAAUACCCUCCGACACCGAGAUGCAACAGCCAUUGUCCCAGUAUUACAUUGCAAGCUCUCAUAACACUUAUCUCACUGGACAUCAGCUCAAAGGAGAGUCCUCGGUUCAGCUUUACUCUCAGGUUCUUCUGACCGGAUGUCGAUGUGUGGAACUAGACUGUUGGGACGGUGACGAUGGCUCACCCCUGAUAUACCACGGUCACACAUUCACAACAAAAAUUCCAUUCAGAUCAGUAGUAGAGGCAAUCGAUCGCAGUGCAUUCGUCAGUUCUCCAUACCCAGUAAUUCUCUCCAUCGAAAAUCAUUGCUCCCAGGCGCAGCAGGCCCGCAUGGCUCAGAUAUUUCAGUCUGUAUUCGGUGACAAAUUGGUCACAAAAUUUCUCUACGACACCGACUUUUGCGAGGACCCUCAGCUGCCAUCGCCCUCACAACUGCGCCACAGAAUUCUGAUAAAAAAUAAAAAACUCGUGGUGGAUCCAACGGCACCUCUUGUACAUCCGUCGAUAAGUCACCGGGGUAAAAUGUUGAUGUCAGAUCGUGCAUCGUCCAUGAAGCAAAUGAGAACUGACGUUAGUAGUACGUCCGUUGUUGAAUAUUUCAGCGAGGAUGAGGAUGAUGAGGAGGAGGACGAUGAGGAUGACAAUGUUGAUGACAACUCAAUCUCCAGUUACGAGAGGUACCUCGGCGGUAGCCAAAUGUCGCACGUCCGUUUGAAAUCGGACCCAGCAGUUGACGACAAAUCCCAAAAACAAAGCAGUCAAAUAGCCAAAGAGCUCUCUGACCUCGUAAUCUACCUCCAAGCCAUUAAAUUCCGCGGCCUCAACACAACGCCAGGAACACUCCCCAUUCCAAAAGCACGCCACCAAAGCCACACAGGCACCGUGCAGAGACACAGUAUCGCUGGGAUUGGUACCGGUGGAAUAGCAUCCUCCACUGGCUCACCACAAUCCCUGUCGACAUCCGCGUCUGUUGCCAGCGGUGGCAGUAAUAUCGACACCCUAUUCCGCCCGAAUCGUGGCAUGCCAGCGUGCUUCCAGUGUUCAUCGUUGAACGAGAGUGCGGCGAAAAAAAUCUGCCGCAAGCAGCCGCUCGGCGUCGUGGCGCACGCCGAGACGCAGCUGAUAAGAACCUAUCCAGCUGGAAUGCGAAUAGACUCCUCCAACUUCAAUCCCGUCAUCUUCUGGGCCUUCGGCAUCCAGAUGGUGGCGCUCAACUACCAAACGGACGACGCAGCGCUGCACCUGAAUGCGGCCAUGUACGAGCAGAACGGCCAAUGUGGCUACGUUCGAAAGCCCUCAGUGAUGUGGGAGAAGAGCCACAUGAUGUACAGAAGAUUCAACCCCUGGGACAAGGAGUUCGACGGCCUCCACUCGGUCCACCUGACGCUGUCAGUCGUAUCCGGCCAGUACAUAUCCCCGGCCAAUCUACUGGCCAGCACCUACGUUGAGAUCGAGCUCGUCGGCAUUCCCAUCGACUGCGCCAAACACAAAACUAAAAUCGUCCAGAACAACUCCCUCAACCCCAUAUGGAACGAAAAGUUCUGCUUCCAAGUGAUGUUUAGAGAUCUCGCCUUCCUUCGAUUUGGCAUUGUCGAGGCCAACUCUCAUCACCUCAUCGCCCAGCGGGUGCUUCCUUUGAACUGCCUCAAGCCCGGCUACCGCCACGUGCGCCUGCGAUCGUGUAAAAAUAAGUCCCUGGCGCUCUCGACAUUGUUCAUUUACUCGAGAAUGGAGGAGGAGAGCCUCGACUACAACACGUGCUGCAGGGAUCACAAUAAGGAGUCGAAACGUCCGUCUGGGAAGACGCCGGAGAAGCUCAGUAAUGUCGACCCAGGGCUGGGGGGGGUGACCCUCAAGCGGCGGAUGUUCUUUCUCAUGGUUUACGAUGUCAUUCCGGACGAGCCGUACACCAUUCUCAAGGUCACGCAGGAGAGCUCGACGCAGGAGGUGAUGCUGCAGGCGCUCCAGAAGGCGGGAAUUUCCGCGGAGCAUGUGGACGAGUAUAUUUUAGUGGAGGAGGUCUCCCGGGGCUGGGAGAAGAAGGACAAGGAGGAGCUGCCGACCCAGCGGGUCCUGGAUCCCGCCGAGCAUCCGCUGCAGGCGCAAGCUCUGUGGAAGGGACAGGGGCGAUUUUUACUGAAGCGAGUGGGGAAUGAUCCCAGCAGCAGGGCCUGGCUCGCCUCCAUAAGGAGCACAGCCGGUCAUGCACAGAUGAAUGAGAGCGGCGAGGAUCAGUCGAUGAUCUGGGAUGAGGCUGACACCUUUCUCGUUUGCAUUUACAAUGUCUCGCCCGAGAUACCGUACGCCAUUUUACGGGUGCCGGUGAGCAGCUCCGCUCAGGAUGUUCUUGCACAGGCGUUAGUUAAGGCCAGGAGAAUGGAGGAUCCUGGCAAAUUUGCACUUGUUGAGGAAUUGGAAUGGGGCGGCGCAGGCGCCGUUGGCAGUGGUAAUCGUCAGUUGCGGGUACUACGUGACGAUGAAAAUGUGUACAGCACACAGGCUUAUUGGAAGACCCUCGGGAGAUUUAUAUUGAGGGAACGGGAGCAGGCGAUUCCCAGGAAACACCUGCUGCCUGCUACUCUCGAUAGAUUAAGUAAGGGCUUUUCUGUUGGGAGAUCGGUGUCACUGCCUGGCUCCAGCAAGGAGAAAGUACCGGUAGCCGAGGCUCUCUCCGAUCCGACCUCAAGGGGCCUGCGCCAGCGGCUUUUGAUGGGUCGCAGGCGCGAGGUGCACUCGGACGGCGAAGAGUCCAGGGAAUCGGACAUCCUCAAUGCUGCGUUGCAUCUUAAAAAGGUGUCGUUGAGGAAGUUGAGGGCCUGGAAGUCUUAGUGGCAGUCACGGGCGACGACGCUUUCAUCGUUGUUUGCCCCUCGGAGAAAUGGUGAUUAAAGUUUAGGGAUUUUUAUUACUGCUGGGGAAUUUGGGGGGGGAGGAAAGUUUUGUUUUUUCGAGAAAAAAAUUUCUAAAAUACGAGUUUUUACAGGAAACCGAUUUUGUAGGGCAAAUUCGUCUCUGGCCGCUUGAAAUUAGAGAUUCGAAUUUUUUCUGAGCGAAAAAUCAACUUUUGAAAAAUGCUGAACGUAUUUUUUUUUUUGAAAGUUCAUUGUGAUUAUGAAAAAUACGGGGGAAGAUACAUUUUCAAGUCAACCUGAAAAAAAUUGUUAUUUUCAAGUCAUAAGUAUCAAUUAGAAUGAAUGAAUUUCCAGAAAAGAAUGGGAAAUUAAUUGACCAUCGAGUUAAUAAUCAUAAGUGAAGUUGAUACAUAAUAUUUGGGCGAAAAAAAAAUUUUCUCCAGAUAUUUAUCAUAAUUUUGAUAAACGAAUAAAUUUUAAAAUGCCCCAUCUC